AGUGUUUUUUUCCCAUAAAAAUUCAAGCAGGAAAAAGCCAAAAAAAAAAUAAAUAAGAAGUAACUCAACCCACCAUGGUGAAAACAGAGACAUGUGAACCAUUCGUUCAUAAAAAAUAAGGCCAAACCCUCCAAAAGGGUAAGAGAGACAACCCGUUGUGCAGCAAUCUGCGUUACCCCAAACUGCCUCCAGAAAGAACACGAAACAAAAGUCAAUUAACGGAGAAACGAGAACAACGGGGUCACUUCCACUAGACCACUUGUCUCUCUCUCUCUCUCGCGUGUUUUUCUCUUAGAGAUUCCGCUCUUUUUUUCUCAUUCAUGAAUAUUGCUGUUCCAUUGCAAACGAUCCCUAUCUUUUCUUCUUUCUUUCUGUCUUUAUUUGCAUGGCCUAUGCCAGUGAUAAGCUGCGCUGGGAGUCGAUUCCCGAGAUGCUCUCAAGUGGGCUAUCUCUCAAAGAAAGAGAAGAUGGAGAGGAAGCUAAAGUCAAGUAUGUGGAGUUCCCGUUCGAGAAGGUGUUUCCAGUGUAUGCAAUGGGCUUUUCCAAGCCUGACACUGACUCUGUUGCCAAUUCGGGUCAUGACCAGAUUUGGGAUGCUGUGCGAGAAGAGGCCAAGUUGGAGGCAGAAAAGGAGCCUAUUCUAAGUAGCUUCUUGUAUGCAAGUAUCUUGGCGCAUGAUUGUUUAGAACAAGCAUUGGGUUUUGUUCUUGCCAAUCGUCUACGAAAUCCAACACUCUUGGCAACUCAACUGAUGGAUAUAUUUUCUGAUGUUAUGAUGCAUGAUAAAGGUAUUCAACGAUCAAUACGCCUGGAUGUGCAGGCAUUCAUAGACAGAGAUCCUGCCUGUUUGUCAUAUAGUUCAGCUUUGUUAUAUCUUAAGGGAUACCAUUCUCUGCAAUCAUAUCGAGUAGCACAUGCUUUAUGGAAGCAAGGGCGAAAAGUGUUAGCACUGGCAUUGCAAAGCAGGAUUAGUGAGGUUUUUGGAGUUGACAUACAUCCAGCUGCAAAGAUUGGCGAUGGCAUAUUAUUGGAUCAUGGGACCGGUGUUGUUAUUGGUCAAACAGCAGUUGUAGGAAACCGUGUCUCAUUGAUGCAUGGUGUGACCUUGGGAGGGACAGGGAAAGAGAUUGGUGAUCGCCAUCCAAAAGUUGGUGAUGGUGCACUACUUGGUGCCUGUGUGACUAUACUUGGGAAUAUAAAUAUAGGUGAAGGUGCAAUGAUUGCUGCUGGUUCCCUUGUAUUAAAACAUGUUCCUCCACACAGUAUGGUGGCAGGUACACCAGCGCAGGUAAUUGGAUCCAUAGAUGAGCAAGAUCCAUCUCUGACAAUGAAUCAUGAUGCUACCAAAGAAUUUUUCAAACAUGUAGCUGUUAAUUUUAGAGAGGGAAGAUCCAACAAGCCAUUGGAUAAGGAAAACAAGGAUGGUGGUACUUGAGGGUGCAGUUGAUUGUUCCUGUCAUUAGGGGAGAAUGGUUGUAGUUUGUACUGUAUGCAGACAUGUUACGCAUUAGGCAAUAAGAACAGAAUCUUUGUAAUAGCCAUGAGUCAUUCGAGAUCAAUUGUCCCCUGAAAUCAUGCCCCAGUCGUUCAUGAUCUCAGACAGGAAAAUUUGAUUGAAAUCAACGAAGGACUUCCUUUCUGUGCCUUGCGGCUGUGAUGCAAGAGCUAAACUAGAUUUGGAGUGCAGCAAAUUGAAGUGGGUGUUCUUCAAGGCAAUCCAAGCUUGAUGGUUCUUCUGCCUCUGUGGUGCUGGGUGGACUAACUGCCAUGUUAGGCUGUAACCAUGGCUCAAGGCCAACAAUUUUGAGAGAUGUCUUGGCUCUAAUCACUAACUAGAGUAGUUAGGGUCAUGAAAAACUUCUUUCGUUGCUCUUGAAAGAAGAAAAAUGACAAAUGCAAUUGGAAGUAUGAAACCUUUUUUUGUUUCGAUUCUAAUAGUUGAGAUAUGUAAUCUGUUUUCUUGUUUUCC